GGUGGAGAGGGCGGAGUCUGUCGCUACCGAUAGACAUAAAAUAAACGGAGGCUCGUUUUCAGUUACCUGCGUUUCUAAAGAAGUCCAGGUGCGCCUCCAGGUACAAGUGUGUGUCCAUCACGAUGUGUGUCGCUCUGCAUGUGUUUGUGUUGUUGUCGGUGUGUUCUUUGAGCUGUGCCGUUCCUCAGUCGACGUCGUAUGGAGAGAGAGGCUCUGAUCUCGGUCUUCAGGUGUUUUUGCGUGUGGUCCAGGACAAACCGCAGGACAAUGUGGUCAUGUCCCCUCAUGGCGUGGCCUCUAUCUUGGGCAUGCUGCUCCCGGGGGCCCACGGGGACACUCAGCGCCAACUGAUCACAGGCCUCAAAUACAAGAAGACGGGUCCAUAUAAAAUGUUGCGUAAACUGCACAAGUCCCUGACGUCCAAGUCCAACGCUGACAUUGUGACAAUCGCCAACGCGCUCUUCCCCAAAGAGGGUUUCAGCAUGCACGAAGACUUCCUGACAGCCAACAGGGAGAACUUCCUGUGCGAGAGUCAAAGUCUUGACUACAGCGACCCAGAGAAGGCUGCAGAUGCCAUAAAUGACUGGGUCAAAAACAGCACUAAAGGCCAUAUUCCCAGUCUUGUUUCGCCAGAUAUGUUGGAUCCGGCUACGACCCGGUUAGUGGCUGUAAAUUCCAUUUAUUUCAAAGGCUUGUGGAAGUCACGUUUCCAAAGCCAGAACACCAAACUGAGGAGCUUCACAGCAGGAGAUGGAAAAUCGUACAAAGUGCCCAUGAUGUCACAACUCUUAGUCCUUAACAUAGGUCAAACGAGCACUCCAGAGGGAUUGAGGUAUACGGUGAUUGAACUGCCCUAUCAGGGCAACAGCAUGAGUAUGUUCAUUGCAUUGCCGUCAGAGGAUGCCACGCCCCUGUCUGCAAUCUUGCCACACAUCUCCACGGCAACCGUCCAAAGCUGGACCAAACAACUGGCCCAGAGGAGGAUGCGCCUCCUGAUGCCAAAGUUCACAGCUGAGGAAGAGGUGGAUUUGGAGCGUCCUCUCACAGCGUUGGGAAUCAAAGACAUCUUCAAUCAGGAUAAAGCUGAUUUCAGACACCUGAGUUCAGAGCCGGUCUAUGUGUCCAAAGCACUGCAGAAAGCCAAGAUAGAAGUCAAUGAGGACGGAACCAAAGCCUCUGCUGCCACCACUGCAAUCUUGUUUGCUCGAUCUUCUCCUUCAUGGGUGACCGUGGACAGACCGUUCCUGUUUCUUAUCAGACACAACCCUACAGGAACCAUUCUGUUCGCUGGCCAGAUCAACAAACCUUGAGCUAGAAUCAAAGAGAUCUGAUGUCCUGUAUUUCUCACCAAUGUAUGACUCUCUCUCAUACAUCAACCCACAACUCACAGCACACACACAGAUGGAUAUAUUCAACUUUUAAUGUGAGACUGUGCGUUCUGUACCUGCAAUGCUCUGUUGUCUGGAGUGUCUUUUUUACCUUCUUAUUUUAUUAGACAACAGCAUGUAUUAAAUUUCUUGAUAUCUUGAUAUUCUUGGGAAAGAUGAUGUAAGAUUUUAGACGUAUUUUAUCAUUUGGGUCUUGUGCAAAACUCACAAAAUGUGUGACUGAAAUGCUGCCGUAACCUUUGUUCACAUUGUGAUUUUUUUUUUUUUUUUUCUUUAUACUGUCCCUAAUAAAAUACCUUUUAUUUCAUUUUAAUUCAUUUAAAAAUGCAAUUAAUUUGUUUUAUGUCAGUGAUACAUUUUCAAGCAUUGAGUUACAUUUAAUUCAAUAUGAUGCCUAAACCGGUUCACCUGGUGUCUUUGUUUAUACAGCUCUUAAUACUACAUUUGCAUUUGCGAACACAGUACUUUUGUUAUUUAAUAAAGUA